UACCUUGCCAUGAAUAAAGGCCUUACAUUAGCGCUGCUCACCGACAGUUGAUCGGAGUGACAGUUCCACUGAAUCUGCUGGUAUACUGCAUGUCACUGGUGCGAACAGUCAGUCACAACAUCUGCAUGGGUAGGACGUGAGGAUGCGUUGCCUGGUGGCACGGGUGAACUACAAGACCCUGAUCGUGAUCUGCGCCGUGUUCACCCUCAUCACCAUCCUCCUGUGGAACCGCUGCUCCAGCGAGCUGCCCCCGAGCGCCCCCCAACCCGUGCGCCCCGCCUCUGCCUCCUCCACCCCCGAGCCCGAGGUGGAGGCGGACGGUGGGGGGGUGGACCAACCAGAAGCCCCCCCUGUGGCCCGGGAGGUGCCCUAUGAGGAGAUUGAGUGUCUCAUCAAUGAGGACAGCUCCAUCAAGGGCCGGAGAGAAGGGACCGAGGUCUUCCUGCCUUUCAGCUGGGUGGAGAAGUACUUUGGCGUGUACGGCCGGCUGGUGCAGUAUGAGGGUGCGGAUCGCUUCGAGUUCUCCCACAGCUACUCACGGGUGUACGCCCAGCGAGAGCCCUACCACCCCCACGGAGUUUUCAUGUCCUUCGAGGGCUACAACGUGGAGCUGCGCGAGAGGGUCAAGUGCAUCAGCGGAGUAGAGGGUGUACCCGUGUCUACCCAGUGGGGUCCGCAGGGCUACUUCUACCCCAUCCAGAUCGCCCAGUACGGCCUGAGCCACUACAGCAAGAACCUGACAGAGAAGCCGCCCAGUAUCGAGCUCUACGACCGGGCCGAGGGAACAGCGGGAGGACCCGGCCCCUGGACGGUUCCAAAGGGAUGCUCCCUCACUAGAGCAAGUGACGGCAUGGUGUCUAUGUCCUCCGUACGACAGUUCACUGCUCCAGAGACUGGCCCUGGCAUCACUCUGGCUCUAGGAAACUCCAAAGACUUCGUCCUGUCCUUUGACGUGAAGUUCCUGACCAACGGGAGUGUGUCUGUGGUGCUGGAGACUUCGGAGAAGGGUCCUCCGUUUGUCAUCCGCUAUGUCACCAGUCCCCUGCUGCUGGCCUUCAAGGACCGCGAAGUCACCUACGGCAUCGGAUCGCGGGCCACCUGGAGCACGGUGACACGCGACCUUCUCACAGACCUGCGCAAGGGCGUGGGCCUUAGCACCAGCAAAGUCGUUCGGCCGGUAAAAAUGACCUUGAAGAAGGUGGUGGAGCUUCAGCUGCGGGGCUCCGGCUUCAUCUCCAACGUCUCCAUCGCCUCCACCGCCCACCGCGCCGCCUUCCUCUCCGCCAGCCAAUGGCUGGUGCGCAACCAGGACGAGCGCGGCGGCUGGCCAAUCCGCGUCACCCGCAAGCUCGGGGAGGGCUUCCGCGCGCUGGAGCCUGGCUGGUACUCGGCAAUGGCACAGGGUCAGGCCAUGUCCACGCUAGUGCGUGCCUACCUGCUCUCGCAUGACCCCGCCUUCCUCUCUGCGGCCCUGCGCGCCACCGGGCCCCUCAAGCGUUCCCCGGAGCAGCACGGCGUCAAAGCCGUGUUCAUGAACAAGUUCGACUGGUACGAGGAGUACCCCACCGCGCCCAGCUCCUUCGUCCUCAACGGCUUUAUCUACGCACUGAUCGGGCUGUACGAUGUGGCGGAGACGGCGGGCGACAAGCUGGGCCGCGAGGCUGGCGUGCUCUUCAGCCGGGGCAUGGAGUCCCUCAAGGCCAUGCUGCCGCUCUUCGACACGGGCUCGGGCACCGUGUACGACCUGCGGCACUUUGUGCUGGGCACGGCGCCCAACGUGGCCCGCUGGGACUACCACACCACCCACAUCAACCAGCUGCAGCUGCUGGGCUCCAUAGACAACGCGCCCAUCUUCAGGGAGUACCUGAGGCGAUGGAAGACCUACCUGAAGGGAGGACGCGCCAAGCACAACUGACAAGGGGGGCUGUUCACACACACACACACAUGUACACACACACCAAAAAUUGUGGCAAUAAUGCACAAACUAGGUUUUAAGUGAAGCAACAAGAGUGUCAUUGAAGAAUAUUGUUUUAAUCAUAAGACUGACAUGUACUACGAACAUUAUGUCCAAGAACAGGCCAUUCACACGUCAAGAAUCACGAAGAUGGCAACAAUAUGCCCAUUACAAGUGUAAAAAGCUAAUGAAGUAUGACAUCUUUUCAUGUCUAAUUAAUUAUGAUUUGGCUGGCAGUAUUUUCAUUAUUUCAGAAUUACAGGUGAUCCCAACAUUUUACAGCUUUUCAUUGUCUUUUUUUAGAUCAUAUGUGAGAGUGAAAGUGAGUGUUGCUUUUUUCUUAAAGGUACACUGUGCAGGAAAUUGUCAAAAAAGGUACUGCAACUAUUCUGCUCAUUGAAACUGGGUUGCCUAUUGCCAAAUUUGAUCUUUUCAUGAAAGUUUACUGAGUAAUAAACUAAUAUUUUCUUAUAUGGCCUCAGUACAGUCAUUUUUGCCGCUAAAAAUUGCUAUUUCUGGAAAUUCAAAAUGGCAGACCAUGGAGAAGAUCCCCCUUUUCAUGUAUGAAAAGUGCUAUUUUUCCAGUCAUAAUGAAUACUUAGAAGUUGAUGGUGGUGGUAAGUAUUCAUGAAAAAGGUAACAUUAGUGAAUGGGUAGCAUGAAUUCUGGAAAUAAACAACUAAACAUCUUACACAGUGUACCUUUAAGAUACAGCUGUUGUUGCUUGGCGUACUGUACUGUAGUGGUUGUAGUUAUAGAUGUUGGUAGGAAUGGCACUUACCAUAUGUCUGCGUAUAGGACUUUUCACAUGUCUGUGCUGCCUUCUUCUUUGUAAAACAUUGCAAGCCAGUUAAACAUACAAAGGUAAGUUCCCCUGAUGCUUUAAGUUUUCAAAAUGUACUCUUAAACUUGAGGCUUAACUCAAGGCUUUCUCAAGUUGAGUUAACGUUGAAACUGAAGGCAACAAGGCAACUUACUUUUUUACAUUUAACUGGCUGCAAUGUUUUACAGUAUGUGUUUCACUACUGGUUUCCAACCUCCGCCCUGCUGCUCAGCUGUAUUGAAACUAGGGAUGCAAAUGAUUAAUCGAUUAAUCGACUUUAAUCGAUCAAUGCUUUAAUCGAUUAAAAAACAUAAAUUGCAAUUAAUCGACAAUUCAACUGACAAGAGACCCAGGUGAAAUGGGCAUGUGAAGAGUGUUUGUGAAGAGGGGUGUGAAUAGUGGGAAUAUUUUAAAUCACAUUUGGAUUAAAGAAUUGAAGUAGAAUUAAUUUAAAUGUGGUAUUUUAUCUCAAUUUUAAAUUAAAAUUUUUAGAUUUAGUCUUUUUUUUUUCUAGCAACAUUGAGAUUUCGGGGGGAAAACGCCGCUUAUCAAUUAAUCGUAAGUCGAUCGAUAAGGCUAUCAACUAAUGAUUAAUGAAUUAAUCGAUAAUUUGCAUCCCUAAUUGAAACAGCUACUGUAUCUACACCUACAGAGUGAAGUACAUCUGUCCAAAUGCUUGGAUUCUGUUGUGUGCAGCUUUUAGAUUGUAAAAGUGAGGUCUUGUUGUGGCAGGCCAGCACAGAAAAUAUCAAAGUCCGCAUGAUUUUUUUUUACAUUAUAACUAGGGCUGUCAAAAUGAACCUGUGAUUAGACUAAUGCAAUCCAUAAUUGCGAUUCAUUUUUUAAAUCAUUUAAAGGAUGACGACACCUAGUGAGGCAAAGCUGGGGUGUCCAAAUGAACCUGUUAGAGAAAUGCAUUCAUCAUCUGCAAUAUAAUAAAUUUGGCCUGGGAAAUCCCAUGUUGCUUUCCACGAUCAUUCCAAUCAAUCGUAAACUACACCUCUCCUAUGGGACAUUACACAGGUGGUCCCCAGACUAUAUCUCACUUAUGAUAUAAGCUGGUAAUAACCAGGCAAUAAUGACUUAGUCCCUACCCAUAUUAGUAGCUCCUCGCUGAUGAGUCAUUUAUCAGCCACGAGGCUGAUUAGAUGAAGCGUUCUCUAGCUCUACAUGUCAGUUUUAGUCAGAUUGGCUUUCUUUACUACACAAUUACAUCAAUUUGUUUCUACAUAAUAGGAGCAAAGUGAAUAGAUCUGUUUUUAUACCAUUCACAAUAACAUGGUUAGAAAGGUGUCAAAGGAUGACAUCACUGCAAUGGAAUUAUUUAUAAGUUGCAAGUAAGGAAAAGAAGCACAUAGCUAAUUGAUGUGAGCAAGUGUCUGUGUCUGUCUGUCUAUCCAUCUGUGCAAGUGGCAUCAGUAGUGUCUUUGAAUUCAAAAUG